CCCCGAGCUCUGACCUCACGCUCUCCACGCCUGUAUGCCAGUCCAUCAGCGUAGGCCCCGCACAACGCCUCCUGCAUCUGCCCGUCAUCGGGGAACACUUACCAACCCUCGCGCGACUCUAUCGACGCCUCUAUCGAGUCGUCCACGCCCCACCGUCGCUCUCCCGCCGCUUGUGGCCGUCUCCGCAAUCCGCACGCGCACCCGUCCAGCUGCGCGACCAUCUCGCAACGCGCAACCAUUCCCACGCAUUGAGCGCCACGACGGCGCGCAUCCACGGCCAUCAUGGCAGGCACGAUACGGCCCAAUGACAUGAAUGUCUCGACCACGCCGACACUCUCCACCGGCACCCUGCCCAACCUCACAUCCCUCAACACCGACCUCACCAAGAAGCCCAACGCGCCGCGCGCCCCCCGCAUAGACGUCGAGCCCCUAUACUCGGCAGUCAAGGGCUCGAUAAGCGAUGUCGACUGGACCACGUACAAGAAGACCCUCUCCUUUUUCCUCCUCGGCAACCUCAAUCAAGAAGAGCUGUCCCACAAGCUCGGCAAGAUCCUGACCACGCCCGCCCUCGAACACGCUCACAAUGCUCUCUUCACAGCCAUCUACGCCAACAUAUGGCGCGAUCCGCCCGAAGCAGGCAUCGCGAGCUGGGUGUCGAGUAGUGAUAAGCCGACAAGCGGGACGGUCAAGGGGACGGGGGAUGAGAGCGAGAAGAGGCUCAAGCAUGAGGUUAUGCAGUUGAGUCGCAGGGAAAGAAAGAGGCUCAAGGGCAUACCUGCUGGGGAAAGCCCGCUGAGUACGGGGUUGGAGGGCGCGGGUAGCGGCGCCAAUGGGCCGGCGCAGGAGUACGUUGAUGCGAGACGGGCGAAGCAGUUGGAUGUUGGUCCAAGCAGUAAUCAGGGGGGUGGGUUUGGAAAGACCAACUGGGAACUCGAAAUUCGCAAACGCUACACUUCGGCCCUGUCUGUCGAAACCCACGAGUUCCCUACGGCAACUACCAUAUCCUACCGGCUCUUACCUAUAUGCUACGAGUUUGGUCUGCCUCAGGGUCACACAUCUGAUUGUCCUGACUACCUCAACAUCGCAACGGAAACGUACAUCAAAGAAGCGCUAGCAAAUUUACUCGGAAAGGUCGCCAACAACGGUCCCGGGUACGUCCGAACGGGCGAAUUCAAGAAGAAGCUUGCGAGAGAAGAACGCCUUGUCGAACGGGGUGAAUUGGCAAGGGGCACGGCAGGCGAGCUACCCGUCGAAGCCGAAGAGCGACGGAAGAGAAAGUUAUUAUGCAUGGAAGACUUGCGUCUAGCGCUUGCACUGGGAGACUCGUAUCUAGGACAAACACCCUUCAUCGCAGGUUCAGUUAUGAACUCGCGCUUCCUCGACACCGAAGGCAUCGAGGACAUUUACGAUCCGCCCCGGAAACCCGUGCUAACGAAUGGCGUUGGUAUCAACGGCACCGGCACCGCAAAUGGCAUCAAUGGUAUCGGCAAUGCAGGGAAACUUGAUCUCAAUGGUGAGACGUGGACGAUCGAUUUCGGGGACCCCAUGCAGAUUGACGACGAAGUGGGUAUGCAUUGGCAAGGUGGUAGUGUGCAGGACAUGGCCGAGAUGGACGAUGCGCUCGAUGAUGUUUUGAACCUUGGAGAUCUUUAGCAUGGCUCAGAGGUACGGUCACGGAAUGAAGGUGGAGAAGAUGAGGGACAAAAUAUUUGUAGAGGGACGUGGGUGAUGCAUGGAGGCGUUACUAGACUUGUUGAGGAGGAGAGAUUGCUUGCACCGCUUGAGCAUUGGUGGGCGUUUCGAGGUUGUUUGGGGUUAUUUUCCUGCAUGGCAACGGUGUUGAGGGGUUGAUAAAGGCGCGAUCAUGGGACGAUACCCUAUUUAUUUGUUUCUUAUUGGGGAUCUUUGUUUUCGGUAGCAUAGCUCGCAGUGUGUAUAUCGCCGAGUAUUAUUGUUUCGCCUACGUAGUUGAAUGAAGAACAGUUUAUAU